AUGUACCUCUCAAACGUAUUCACAACCUUCCUCACCAUCCUCCUCACCAGCUACACCAAUCCCGCCCACGCAGGCUGCUACGUCACCGGCGACUUCAUCAGCGCCGAAGAAACAGGCAUCCAGGUCGGCCGAGCCUGUCAUGGUUAUGGCAACCCGCGCGUCGCAGGUGCAUUUCAAGGCGUCUUUGCCCCUCUACAGAAGAAAUCGUCCUGUGUCAAUGUGUCGGGUGGACAGCAUGUUGAUAUGGAAAUCACGAAUCUGAGUACGACGACGAGUCUGAAUCUGGAUGAUGAUGUCUGUCAGGCGGAGAUGAUGGUUAAUGUUUAUAAUUGUAAUCAAGGGGGGUGGCAUGAUGCUGGAGGGUGGAAAUAUAGGGUUGAUCCCAAUCCUGGAUCUUGCUAG